AUGAAGCCCAAUAUUUCCAAUACUUUGCACACUCCAUUGCUGAAAAGUACUCAAAAACCACCAUAUCUUAUCUUUGUCACAUUUGGUUCCAUUCUAUUCCUAAUGUCAAUGCUUGCACUUAUCUUCAUCAUAAACCAAACCCAAAAUCCAUUGGAAAAAUUGGAAAAUAUCAGUCCUUUUGCUAACAUUUCAUAUGAUUUUCAUAAAGUUUCAUACAAUUGGACAGAUGCUAUGUUUUCUUGGCAAAGAACAGCUUUUCAUUUUCAACCUCAAAAGAAUUGGAUGAAUGACCCCGACGGUCCAUUGUUUCACAUGGGAUGGUACCAUUUAUUUUACCAAUACAAUCCAGAUUCAGCUAUUUGGGGCAACAUUACAUGGGGUCAUGCUGUAUCAAAGGACAUGAUCCAUUGGUUCUACCUUCCCAUUGCUAUGGAACCCGACAAGUGGUUCGAUAUAAACGGUGUAUGGACCGGAUCCGCCACACUUUUGCCAAAUGGCGAAAUCAUAAUGCUUUACACGGGCGAUACGAAUAACUACGUGCAAGUUCAAAAUCUUGCUUAUCCAGCCAACUUAUCUGAUCCACUUCUUCUUGACUGGGUUAAAUACGCUGAUAACCCCGUCAUUGAGCCCCCACCUGGCAUUGGGUUGAAGAAUUUUCGCGAUCCAGCCACAAGUUGGAUCGGGCCCGAUAAAAAAUGGAGGGUCGUAAUUGGGUCGAAGAAAGAAAAAACGGGUCUUGCAUUUGUUUACAAGACGACAAAUUUUACAUAUUUUGAACUGAACGAUAACUACUUACACGCAGUCCCAAGUACGGGUAUGUGGGAAUGUGUUGACUUUUACCCAAUUUCGAUAAACGGGCCAAAUGGUUUGGACACAUCGGUAAAUGGACCGGAAGUUAAGCAUGUACUAAAGGCUAGUAUGAAUGACAGAAAAAUUGAUUGUUAUGCAAUUGGAACUUAUUUAAUUGAAAAUGAUACAUGGGUGCCUGAUAAUCCUAAUGAGGAUGUAGGUAUUGGGCUUCUUUUGGACUAUGGAAGAUACUAUGCUUCAAAAACAUUUUAUGAUCAAGUGAAGAAACGAAGGAUUUUGUAUGGUUGGAUUAAUGAAACUGACAGUGCAAGUGAUGAUUUGAAAAAAGGUUGGGCAUCACUUCAGACAAUUCCAAGAACGGUUUUGUUUGACAAGAAGACUAUAAGUAAUUUGGUUUUAUGGCCAAUAGAAGAAAUAGAGAGCUUAAGAAUAAGCAGUGAUGAAUAUGAAGGAGUAGUGAUUACACCUGGCUCUGUUGUUCCAUUGAACAUUACUCAAGCAACACAGUUGGAUAUAUUUGCUGUAUUUGAGAUUGAGUCAUUGAUAUCAGAAGGAAAUAUUAGCAAUGAUAAUAUAGAUUGUGGAGGAGGUGCUUUUGAAAGAAGUGCUUUUGGACCAUUUGGAAUUAUAGCUAUUGCAGAUGACACACUUUCCGAACAAACUCCAGUUUAUUUUAGCAUAUCUAAUACUAGCCUUGGUUGUUCAACCACUUUCUUCUGUGUUGAUGAAACAAGAUCAUCAAAGGCUUCUGAGGUUGCAAAACCAGUUUAUGGUAGCAAAGUUCCAGUCUUCAGUGAUGAAAAAUUGUCCAUGAGAGUAUUGGUUGACCAUUCAAUUAUUGAGAGCUUUGCUCAAGGAGGAAGAAGAGUAAUCUCAAGUAGAGUUUAUCCAACAGAAGCAAUAUAUGGAGCUUCAAGAUUAUUUCUAUUCAACAAUGCAACUAACAUUAACAUCAAAGUCUCUAUCAAAAUUUGGCAUUUGAACUCUGCUUUUAUAGAAACUUUCAAAAAGCUCAGUCCUUUCCGGUGA